AUGCCUCGCAGGAAGAAGAGCAACGGUCCGCCGCGCAAGGCCCAACUGUUGUUCCUGGAGCGGCCGCUGGAGGGCCGCAAGUACGGCGGAGGCUCCCCGAGGCCCUGCCCCGCGCCUUCGAGGAUAGUGCCCCUGCGGCCGGCUGCCCGCAAUACGCGUCCGGCCUGGGUGUCGCCCCAGUUUAAGAAGCCCUUGGGCAGCUGGCUGCCUGUGGUCCGCAAGCGGCCGCUGCUGCCCCCGCGUCGCCGUCUGCCCUUCCAGCUUGGUGGGCCUGCUUGGCGGCGGCGCUCGCUGCGAAGGGCGCGGACGUGCUGGUUUCCACCGCUGACCUUCAAGAACUUUUUGCCGGGGCCGGGUACGGGCCCGGGCGCCCAGUUUUCCCUCCGGGCGGCCGCCACUCAGCGCGAGGCCCCGGGCCUGGAGGAGCACGAGGAGGCUCGAAGGCCGCCGAUCCUGCCACCCAGCCCCAAGAGCUGCGCCCCUCGGAGGUCACACCCCCCUAACCCGGAGACUCCAGGCCUGCCCUCGGCCGUGGGCGAAACUGCCGAUACGGGGGACCAAGGAAGGGGGCCCUGCCCCCUCCAUCUAGACCGGCCCCAGACCCCACCGCCCGGCCCGCCGCCGCUGGUUGUGGACACUCCAGAAGAGAAAUACGGGCUAAAGGUUACUUGGAGAAGACGAUACCACCUGGUCUCCUUCCUUCGGGAGAGGGGGAAGCUCAGCUUGAGCCAGAUUUUGGUGUCGAAGUCCGAGGAGGAUCUGCAACCCUGGGUGUGA